AUGGGGAAGGAAGGAGAGAGGGAACAAGAAAGGAGAGAGGGAACAAGAAAGGAGAGAGGGAGUAGGGUGGGGGAAGAUAGGAGAGAGGAAGGAAGAAGAAAGGAGGGAGGGGGUGGGGAAGAUAGAAGGGAUGAAGGAAGAAAGAAAGGAGAGGGGGAGAAGGAGGAUGGAAUGAGAGAGGAAGGAAAGAAGGAAGAAAGGAAAGAGGAAGGAAGAAAUAAAGGAGAGAGAAAGAGGGAAGGGUGGGGAUGGAAGGAGAUGGAGAGGAAAGAUGGAGAGAGUAAGGAAGAAAGGAGGGAGAAAGAAUGA